GGAGAUUAGAAGUGAUUUCAUGUCGUUGUUUAUGUAGCUAUCGAUUAUCGAGGAUGCCUUCCAUAGUUCUGCCUGCAGAUGGCGGCCUCAAAACGUUUUGGGAAGUUUCUAUUGGCGCGUGAGCCAGCCACAUCAUGUCGUUGGGCUUCAACUCCGCGGCAACCGCUCAGAAAAUCCAUCGUCGAUCUCUUCAACUAUGUUUGACACAACUGCGACAGAUACAUCCCUAAUCGAGAGUGCACGAGAAGGUCAUGGCUGGCAGUCUAAGGAAGAGGUUUGGAUUGUUCAGAUGGAAAAAAGAGAGUCGGGAGAAGUCGAAGGCACAGGACGGUCCAGAAAUACAUGGCAGCAUCGCCUCAGCGAAUUCAUCAGAAGUUUCCGUUCUUCGCCCUGAGCAAGCCGCUUCAUCGACCACAGUAACCCCUUCACUCCCGCAAUCGACGAUAAAUGCCUCUCAAACACCCGCUCCAGCAGUACCGCCUACCCCAUCAAGCAAAACAUUGCCCGUUCUGAGCAACACCAGCGAUAAGGCCGCAAAGGCACCUCAAACGGCAACAGAUGGUCAAGCAGUAGAGAUAGGAGAGAACUUGGUUGCGUAUGUCUCUCUUUGGGAUAGAGCCUACGAUGCCCUCAAGGAAGAAGAACCCGAUCGAGUCACUGAGUAUGAGCAGCUUUUGUCUAGGGUGCUUAUUAGAGUCCCAUCUAUAUCCCAGCUAGCGUCGAACCAGACGGACGAUGUUAAGAUUGCGAAUCAAGUCCCCCAGAACGAUCCGAUCGCACGCCGAAAGAAGCUGAAAGAGAUAACGGAACUUGGUCUGAAGCAUAUGGAAGACAAGAAGGUUAGCACAACACUACUGGGACACGAGAUUGUCCUCCAGGAUGUCGUGGCAAAGGUCGCCGGAGCUGUGGAGUGGGUCGAGGGCCAUGUCAAGGACGCCAUCAAGGACCUACCAUACGCCUCCAUCGUCAUGGCAGGCGUGUCCCUCGUGCUCCCCCUCCUGAAGAACCCCGCCGCCGCUGAAGAAGCGAACCGGGAUGGGUUUACCUACGUCACGUCACAGAUGCGUUACUUCGCCGCAAUGGAGUCGUUGUUGUUACCUCAAGACACGAAGCCCGACUUGAAGGACGACCUUACGGAGCGUCUUGUUGACUUAUAUAAACUCAUCAUUGACUUUCAAGUACAGAGCGUCAUUCGGUUCUACCGCACUCAAACCAAGAACUUCUUCCGAGGAGCCAUCAACUACGACGGCUGGGAUCAGAAGCUGCAGUACAUCAAGGAUACCGACGUGGCGCUAGUUUCGAGGUUUGAGACGACUAUGUCUGCUAGCCGUCUUCAGGUGUUGAGGGAUCUUGCUGGGAGAGCAGAGGAAUCACGCAUAGCCCUUAACAGCCUGCUUGCCAAGGUACAGGAACAUAUCGAAGUCUCUCGACAACAAUUAGGCGUUCUUCAGAAGAUCAGCCAGCAUAUAACGGAUCCCCAGGACCAUGCCUGUCUGCAAGGUCUCCGAAUAACCGAUCCGCAUGACGAUAAGAGCCGUAUCGAGCAAGCCAAAGGCGGCCUUCUGACAGGCUCGUACUGCUGGGUCCUCGACAACGACGAUUUCAGACAAUGGCGCAACAAUCAAGACAGCCGGCUGCUAUGGAUCAAGGGCGACCCCGGCAAGGGCAAGACGAUGCUGCUCUGCGGAAUUAUCGACGAGUUGACAAAGUCGAUCCCUAACACUACGACUGUCUCGUUCUUCUUCUGCCAGGCUACUGAUGCGCGUAUAAAUAACGCCACGGCUGUCCUUCGCGGCCUGAUAUUCCUUCUUGUCAGCCACCAGCCAUCGCUCAUCUCGCACGUACGGCAAAGGUACGAUCAGGCGGGGAAGCAACUCUUCGAGGAUGCAAAUGCCUGGGAGGCGCUGUCGAAGAUCUUCACCAACAUUCUUGAGGAUCCGCACCUGCAAAGCACCUACCUGGUCAUUGACGCGCUCGACGAGUGUACCGGAGACUUGAGCCGACUCCUCAACUUUAUCGCCAAGACGUCGUCGACAUACUCGGAUGUCAAGUGGAUCGUAUCCAGUCGCAACUGGCCGAAUAUCGAGAAGGGUCUUGACGAUGCGACACAGAAAGUAAGACUAUGUCUUGAGUUGAACGAAGAAUCUGUGUCUGCGGCUGUUGCCAAUUAUAUCCAGUCCAAAGUCGAUUUGUUAGCGAAACAAAACCAGUACGAUAACGACACGCGAGACGCUGUCCGGGCCUACUUGUCGUCGAACGCAUACGGCACUUUCCUCUGGGUAGCCUUGGUCUGCCAGGAACUUGCCGGUAUCUCGGGAUGGGAAGCUGAAGAAAUGCUGACGGCGCUUCCGCCCGGACUAGAUGCCCUCUACGAGCGGAUGAUGAGCCAGAUCUGUAGUUCAAGAAACUCCCAGCUCUGCAAAAAUAUAUUGGCCGUCGUCUCGGUUGUGCGUCGGCCAAUUACGUUGGAUGAACUGCCGUCUCUGGUGGAUAUGCCCCCUCGAUGCUCUGGCAGUCGCGACGUUCUGGCAGAAAUCGUAGGGCUUUGUGGCUCUUUUCUGACGCUCCGAGAUCACACUAUCGCGUUCGUUCAUCAGUCUGCCAAGGACUUUUUGGUCCAAAAGGCAUCUAGGGAAAUCUUCCCUUCCGGGAUACAACAUGUACACCGCUCUAUCUUCUCACGAUCGCUACGAGUUUUGGCCAAUAUACUGCGUCGUGACAUCUACGGCCUCAGCGCUCCUGGAUUCCCCAUCGACCAAGUUAAGCAGCCCAAUCCAGAUCCGCUAGCUGCAGCGCGGUAUUCGUGUGUAUAUUGGAUUGACCAUCUGAGUGAAUGCGACGCCACCCGCGAUGAGGUCGAGUCCAUUGACAGGUUUCUGCGUCGGAGCUACCUUUACUGGCUUGAAGCUCUGAGUCUUCUCCAGGGCCAUGGCGACUUGGUCUGGUCGGUCGUGUUCUCGCCGGACGGCCAGCGCGUGGCAUCGGGCUCGGGCGACAGGACCAUCAAGAUCUGGGAUACGGCAUCGGGAACCUGCACACAGACGUUAGAGGGCCAUGGCAGCUCGGUCUUGUCGGUCGCGUUCUCGCCGGACGGCCAGCGCGUGGCAUCGGGCUCGCGCGAUAAGACCAUCAAGAUCUGGGAUACGGCAUCGGGAUCCUGCACACAGACGUUAGAGGGCCAUGGCAGCUGGGUCUUGUCGGUCGGGUUCUCGCCGGACGGCCAGCGCGUGGCAUCGGGCUCGGGCGACAGGACCAUCAAGAUCUGGGAUACGGCAUCGGGAUCCUGCACACAGACGUUGGAGGGCCAUGGCGACUUCGUCUUGUCGGUCGCGUUCUCGCGGGACGGCCAGCGCGUGGCAUCGGGCUCGGAUGACAACACCAUCAAGAUCUGGGAUACGGCAUCGGGAUCCUGCACACAGACGUUAGAGGGCCAUGGCGACUUGGUCUGGUCGGUCGCGUUCUCGCCGGACGGCCAGCGCAUGGCAUCGGGCUCGGAUGACAAGACCAUCAAGAUCUGGGAUACGGCAUCGGGAUCCUGCACACAGACGAUAAAUGUUGGUUUAACUGCUACCCAUCUAUCGUUCGACCAUGCCAACGCUUACAUCAACACGAAUAUCGGGCGUAUCCAAAUAGCCACGGCUACCAUGGAAAGUCCAAAUUAG